ACAAGAUUGCUGUGCAGUUGCCUCCAAACAGCGUCCCCUGUCAGUCAUCUAGGGUUAAUACAUAUCAUUGGACUGAACUGAAAAUAUAUCAGAACCUCCCUGAUGUUGUCUUUUAUGUUGCAGGUGUUCUGGCCUGCUUUGGUCAACGAGAUUUGAUCGACACAAUGCCAGAUAGACUGGAUGUACAGACUGGCUCCUGUGUGCAAAUCCCAUGUUCAUUUGAUAUUCCUGACCAAAAUAAGUAUACAUUUAACAGCACAAUACGAACCUCUGGAGUGUGGAUUAAAGAAAACCCAGACUUUGGUGGGCGUCCGGACAAUGUGAUAUUUAACAGUAGUGAGACGGUCAACAGAUAUCAAGGGAAGAUAACUGGAAACAUGUCCCAGAAGAACUGCACCACAGUCUUCUUCAAUGUAACCACCAGUUACACUAAUAAAUACUUCUUCAGGAUUGAGAGUCAACUAUUCCGUGGAACAGAUCCUGAUAAGUAUGUUGAUAUAGUUGUCAGGGAUUUUCCUUCCAGUCCCAUCCUUACUGUCUCAGGUGAUGUGAAGGAAGGUACCCCUGUCAGCUUGAACUGCUCUGCUGUCGCUCCCUGUCCUGAACACCCCCCUGAACUGACAUGGACUCUCCCAACACAGUUCACAACUGAGAACCAACUGCAGGAGAAUCCAGACCAAACCAAAUCAGUUCACUCCACGGUGACCUUCACUCCGUCAUACCUUCAUCAUGAGCAGAACAUCACUUGUACUGCAGUCUACCCAGUAGGGGCAAGCAACAAGACAGCUGAACAUACCAUGAUGCUUCACGUUUCAUUCUCUCCUAAGGACACCUCGGCCUCCAUCAGUCCAGCUGAUCCAGUAUUAGUGGGCAGCUGUGUUAAUCUGACCUGCAGCAGUACAGCCAACCCUCCUGUGACAAACUUCACCUGGUUCCAGAUAUGUGGGGGUAAACCAACACAGGUUGCAUCUGGACAGAGUUACUCCCUCAAUGUGACUGUUGGUGAUGGAGGACUGUACUACUGUGAAGCAAGAAAUAGUCACGGCUGUGGGAAGUCAAGGGAAGUGCAGCUGGCUAUUAAAGGGCAAGAAGAGCCUGUUACCCCAAAGUUUUUUGAGAUUGUAGGAAAAACUUUGGGGUUCAUUUUCCUUUUCAGCCUGAUCGUAUUCUUUGCAUGGAGGAGGAGAACAUCUAGACUCCCCAGUGGGUUUGACAUGACAGACCUUUCACAGGGACAGAACUCCCCGGCUGGGACAGUGUGCUCUAACCAGGCCGGGUCGGUAGAGGGAACCAGGAACCACCACUUAACCUAGAUGGUCUUUAAGCACAAGUCAAUAAAAGAGGUGCUUUUUAAGUAUUUAGUCAAUGGGUAUUAAGUGUUUUUAUGUACAGUAUUGUCAUUGUGUAUUAGUUUUCUAUUAAUACUUUUGUUACAUUUGUAAUUGUGUGCUCUUUGAUUAUCUGUAUAUUUGUGCAAUUUGCUGGAAUGAAAAGUGUUUAACUGUUACUAUAGUGGUGAUACGAUGAUGUAGGCUACUCUUUAUUUUAGACCAUUUAUUUUGAGUGUUGAGUUCACAGAGCAUCUGUUUAAUGGGUUCCAGUAUAGAGGAACUGCUGAGUUCAACUAGCCUACUGAAGGCAGUUUAAGACCAUAUAAAGUCAAUGAUGACUGAGGAGAGAAGACACAGUUAGUUGGAGAGACAGUGGUCUGAUACAAGACAGGAAGUUGGUGAAGUAAGUCUACAUGAUGGCAGAAUGGUGUUAACAUCUACUAGUCACUGUUUCUCUUCAUCUUUUGUGCAGUUACCAGAAUAACAAUGUAAUAUAUUUUCAGUUUAUG